AUGUUUUAUCCUACCCUUAGCAUUUUCGGGCCGGACACGAUAGUCUUGAAGAACAUCGGGAUGUUUUAUCCUACCCUUAGCAUUUUCGGGCCGGACACGAUAGUCUUGAAGUCUCUCGUAGCGGAUAACUCGUGUGGUCCCCUGCGUCCACAAUUUCCGCGACCUGCAUCAACUGCUUACUUGAUUCAUCCGUUGGAAGGAAGGCUGGUUCUUGUGGAUAUGGACGAUAGAAUACUUCUCACAGGAGAGCUACGCCAGUUGUUCAACUCCUCAGCAAUACGCGCCACAGUGCAGGUGUCCCGAAAAUUUGCCGGACUGCAUGAAUGCCAGCCGUGUGAUGAGAGCGAUGAUUGCUAUAGUGUGGAAGAUGCUGCGGUAAUAGUUGGAAGCAAAGGAGAAAUGGUAACACUUGCUGGAGUUUUCCCUUGGUUCGAAAUUGAUAAAAUGCGUUCGUUGAUUAUUGAUAUUCACUGGACAAAGGUCUGCACCAAUAUCACGUACUUGGCAUCUGGAGCCUUGUCUGCACACGCGCUUAUCAAACGCGUCUCCACAACUUCGUCGAAUGUUGCCGCGUCCAUUGUCGUUCUCGAAUAUGUAGCCAAUAACUACACAGAGGCUCUCGUGAAUAAGCACCAAGUGUUCUCCUCGGCUUCAGCGCACACAAGACCCAUUGAUCAAUCUUUAACGGGCAGCACUCCAUGCAGCGAGGAAAACCUUGGCCCUGUUCAGCACAAGUGGUGGAUCGAGCGACUUUCAACCAUCUUGUCCAGCGAGGAGAAUGAUACAACUGUUAUAAUUGGCUCAAAACAAUUGGUGACUGGAGAGGACACUGUUUUGGGAACAUCGGUAGUGCUGACAGAGGGAGAUGACGUGUUCUGUGGCACUUUUGAACCACUAAUUGAGAAGACAAUCGCUGUAGCCAAGUUCGAACAGGAGUUGACUGGCUACAUAAAAUUGACACAAUACGGAUCAUCAAACUGGGCCACAGGUAUUCCAACAGAGAUCUACUACUCAAUAACUCCAGCAAACAGAAGCCUCAGAAGUUCUGGUAGCGAGGCAGAACUACAGUGGCAGUUUGUGGAGCAGUUGAACAACAGCUGCUCCGAUGCUCCUUUAUUCAAUCCUUCUUCGACGGAAGAAAGUUUGUGCUUGCUUCAAGCGACCGAAUUCUGUCAAUUAGGAGACGCGUCGAGAAACUCGGCAAACUUGAUAAUGAAUAGUAGACAAUACAUUGUAGUGAACAAUCUUCCUUUAUCAGGACCACACUCUAUUUUGGAAAGCUCUCUUAGACUACGACUGGAAAGCGAGGACAUUUCGGAGUGUGCACCCCUUCUAGAAUAUUCAGAGGUCACCUUCUAUUGGAUAGCUCCGUCUAAUACUUCACUUGCGAAAUUGCAGUUGACAAUAGCCGAAAAACUAGACCUUCAACUGUUCCAGGUACAAUUCGACUACACUCGAGAGGCCUACAAAAAGUACUGCAGUGUAUACAGAGUGACCAUCCUUGAAGAGGAUUGGCGUCUUUCUCAAAUCCUCAGCAUGUUUGACGUGGAAGGAAAGAAGUUCACAGCGGAUGCGAAGUUCGAGUGCAGUGAUUCGACUAGGAAAACAACGCCAUCUCCAGCAGAUACGAGUUCCGUCACCGGAUCAGUCAUUUUUUUCACAGUUUUCAUCGUUAUACUCUUGAACGUGUAG